AUUUGUGUUCUUUUCUUUGUUUACCAGUGGUUCAAGAAUUUUAAGAUGUCCGAACUCGAACACCAAGCACCAUCCAUCUUAAGUUUUUGUGUUAGUAUCUUGUGAAUUCUUUGUGUUAACUGUGAAGCAGUCUCAAAAUCUCUAAAUUUAAAAAGUAAUGGAUGAUCCAGGUAGAAUGAUGGGCGGUGGACUCAUGGCUCCUCAGCCCUACGGAAUGAACCCACAGGGCGAUACCCCUUCUGGUGGAGAAAAUGAACCAAGGAAACAAGAUAUUGGUGAGAUUCUGCAACAGAUUAUGAACAUAACUGAUCAAAGCCUGGAUGAAGCCCAAGCAAGAAAACACACUUUGAAUUGCCAUCGAAUGAAACCAGCACUGUUUUCUGUUCUUUGUGAAAUAAAGGAAAAAACUGUGUUAUCAUUGAGGAAUACCCAAGAAGAGGAACCUCCAGAUCCUCAACUGAUGCGAUUGGAUAACAUGUUGAUUGCUGAAGGUGUUGCAGGACCAGAAAAAGGUGGAGGUGCUGGUGCUGCAGCUUCAGGGUCUGCAGCUGCCCAAGCAGGACAACCUGAUAAUGCAAUUGAACAUUCAGAUUAUAGAGCAAAGCUUGCUCAGAUUAGACAAAUCUACCAUCAGGAAUUAGAGAAAUAUGAACAGGCUUGCAAUGAAUUCACUACACAUGUAAUGAAUCUUCUUAGAGAACAAAGUAGAACUCGUCCUAUUACCCCUAAAGAGAUUGAGCGUAUGGUGCAAAUCAUUCACAAAAAGUUUAGUUCAAUCCAAAUGCAGCUGAAACAAUCUACAUGUGAGGCAGUAAUGAUUCUUAGGUCUAGAUUCUUGGAUGCUAGAAGAAAAAGGCGUAAUUUCAGUAAGCAGGCCUCAGAGAUACUGAAUGAAUACUUUUAUUCACAUCUAUCUAACCCUUAUCCUAGUGAAGAAGCUAAGGAAGAGUUGGCACGUAAAUGUGGUAUAACAGUGAGUCAGGUAUCAAGUUGGUUUGGAAACAAGAGAAUUCGCUAUAAAAAAAACAUUGGCAAUGUAAAAUGCUCAACAAAUGCACCUGAACAGUCAAUAUCUUGGGUCAACUUCAAAGCAGAAUAGUUUUAGAAUUUGCCAGCUGAAAAAAAAUUGGCUGGCAACCACAUUACAGGCAUUGAAUGGGCAUGAUGUUUUAUGCUGCCACUUUGAUUUCCAUUUGAUCAGAAAACUUUACAUCCCUAACUUUAGGUUUUGGUGAUAAACACUAUCAUAGUAUAUUAAUAUUUUUAUUGUUGUUCAUUUAAUUUUGUUACUCUGUAUGUUUAAUCUUAUAUUUGAACGAUAUUGUGUCAAGGAGAUGAAAAUGAUGGGAUACAUAAAAAAAUUUGGUGCAAUGUAUUUGUGAGUAAUAUUAGUGGCAAAAUUGUUAUGCCCUCUCCUUUUUAUUCCAAUCAUUUACAAAUUCUAUGUAUGUGGAAAUUGUUAAUCCAAUAUAAUUGUUGAGUUAAUAAUUUUCCAAAGCUAAUGAAUAUUUUAAAAUAGAUUUUAUGGCCAUUGAUUUUCUUUGAAAGUUUGAUGAGACCAAGGUUACCCAAAUAACUUGAUUAUAUUGUUCUUUGCCACCAUCAUCUGUUGUGAAUCUGUUAGUUAAGAAAUAAUAUGACUUCUCAUACCCAAAGCUUGUGGCUUUUGUGAUCAUUCAUCAUGUAUUUCACAAAAAAUAUUGAGUGUUUUGAUUUGUUGUGCAUAUAUUGGGUGUCCUAAAUGGGUGGCUUUCUGCCUGCUACUGUUUUUAUUUUAAAAGUGUUGAUUAUGAAAUUUGGGGGAUAUUUAUAAAAAAUAAAAUAGCAUUCUUGAGAGGUGACACAACUUUACAACUCCUGGUUUUUCUAGAAAAGUUAUUUUUAUAUGGGGCACCCUGCUUAUUCUAUUUUUUUUUUGUUAUCGAAAUGACAUUAUAAGUGCAACUAUGUGCAGUCCAUUAGGAUAUAAUCAUUUGUAAAUUGAUCUUUGAUCCAGGGUGCUGCAAAUUUGUAUGAGCUCAUUUCAAUCUAAGAAACCCAAUUAAAAACAUAAUUCCACUGUUUUAGUUCAUGUCAUGUUAAUUUUGAAAUCUAUUCUGUUGAUUUUUUCAAUGGAAAGAUGGUGGCUCAGUAAGUUGGAAAUUAUUUAUUUCUAUGAAAUUGAUAAGAUACAUUAUUUGGUUAAAAUCAAACUUUUUUGAAAAUCUUGGAAAUAAGACAAUCCUGCAUCAAAAUAAUUAUUUCUCAAAAUAAUAAAAUAUAAGAAAUCUCACAUAGUUGCAUUCAGAAAAAAAUUUCAGUUGAAAAAAUAUAUUAUGUCUACUCUCAAAAAAUGCUAUUUCAUGACUUGUUGAAUGAUUUGAUGUAGAAUUAUUCCCAAAAACUGAAUCUUAUACCUGGAAUUUUCAGUGAAAAUGAAACAUGAAAAUAGCAAUAGCAUUGUGAAAAUUACUGCUGUAUUCCAAAUAACUAAACAGGGUUAUUGAUUUUUUGUUUCCUCUAGGAAGAAUUUGUUGAGGAACAACAGGAAGUUGUAGUGCAUUGCAAAAAUUCUUCCAAUUUGAACUAUGAUUUUUUCAACUACCUUUGAAAAGCAAUUAUAAGUUCAAAAACAUAAUAAUAUAUAGAUAAUUGUUCACUAAUUUUAUUGCAUAUAUUUUUUCUUGUGAAGCUACUACCUAUUGGAAACUGUGCCUAGG